AUGAGCAGCGAGCGGCGGCAGCAGCCGAUGCCCACUGGGGAGUUACCCCGAUGCAGUACGUGUGGUCAGGUAGCACGGGCUUUAUUAGCAAGGACGGACAAGAACUUUGGCAGGUGGUUUUUUAAAUGUCCCGAAGGUCAUAGCAACUCCUUUUUCUGGGCGGACGAGUACCAGCCUGCGAGCCAGGCAGCAGCGCACCAUCAGCAGCAAUACUUGCAACAGGUUCCCGGCACUCCCGGCGGCGCAGCUGCAGCGCCGUACACCCCCCUGAGCCAGCAACAGCAUCAACAUCCUCCGUACGGAAACUCGCAGUACGGCAGCCCACUUGGUCAGCCGCCUCCACUGCCCUCGCAGACUCCGCAGCAGGCGGCGGCGGCGGCGGCCGGGAGCCAUGUACCGCACGGGUCGCCCGUACAGCAGCAGCAGCAGCAGCUCUCCCCGCCAGCCCCAACAAACCAGUACUCGGCAGCGGCCGCGGCGCCGCAGACACCGCCACAACGACGGGGCCCCGGCAUUGCCGUGUACAUCCUGGGUGUGGGUGGUGCGGGUGACAUCGGGUUCUCCACCCCGGGUUACAACGCGGCCUUCCGGGAGGUCAUGUACGGACUGCCCUGGUCCGCCACUCAACGCCGCUGGGACCGCCAUUUGAGGUGUUGGCGAGUGCAGGCGGCGAGCUAUCCGCAGGUUCAAAAGGUGCUAACGGAAAACGGUUUUGUGCUGGAGGAUUCGCCCCCCCGGGUGAUUGAUCUGCUCGUACACCGUACAAGUCCGUACAAUCCGAAGUGCACGGCGGUUGAGGCACAGCAGAUCGUGUCCCAGCGUGUGGAUUCCGGGUUGUGGUCCCGGCUGUUCCGCUACCAGCGGGAGGGGGUGCUUGCGGGGGUGCGGUUCGGCGGCCGGGUGCUGCUGGCAGACGAGAUGGGGCUGGGGAAGACUGUGCAGGCCCUAACCCUGAUGAGCUGCUACCCGGAGGACUGGCCGCUGCUGGUGGUGUGUCCCACAUCACUGAGACACACGUGGGUGGCGGCUAUCCAGGAGUGGCUCCCCCCCUCUCUCCGCCCCGCCGAUCGGGACCUGUGGCUCGUGAGCGCCUCCGCGGACUGGAACCGCCUGGCGGGGGAGGCGGGGGUGACACUGGGCCCGGGGGGUACGGCAGCCGGCAGUAGCACCGUCAGCAGUGUGCUGGGUGGCUACAGCCGGGGGGCAGCUAGGCCGCAUGUGGCGGUGGUGAGCUACGACUUGGCGGCCAAGAUGGACAGUGAACAUGCGGUCAGGUACCACUCAGUGAUCUGUGACGAGAGCCACAUGCUCAAGAACCGUACCACGGCCCGGUACGCGUGUGUCGCUCGCCUGGUGCGGGGCGCUAAGAGGGCGGUGCUCGCCUCCGGUACGCCCCUCCUUAAUAGGCCCGUGGAGAUAUGGCCGCAGGUUGACCUGCUCCGUCCUGGGCUGUUGGGCAGCUUCACUGAAUUCGGGGAGAGCUGCAACGUGGGGGAGCUGCACUUGGUGCUGGAGGAGGCGGUGAUGGCCUGGAGCACCGCCUACCGUGAGACAGGCCCGGCCAAGGUGACCGAAGUCGCCGCCUUCAUUGACCGGCUGCUGCACGUGGGGGGAGAGGGGGAGGGGGAGGGGGUUUCAGCGGCAGGAACGGCGGGAUGGCGAGGGGAGGGCUGUGCGACCCAAGGGUCGGAUGUUGAAGAGGGCGACAAGAUACUGGUGUUUGCUCACCACCAGACGGUGUUGGACACGCUGGAGGCUCACGUGAAGCAGCGCAAGGUGCGGUACAUCCGCAUCGACGGCUCCGUACCGCCCGAUCGUCGUGAGGUUGCCGUACGGGAGUUCCAAGCCUCCGACCCCCACAGCCCCCGGGUAGCCCUCCUGGCGCUGCGGGCUGCGGGGGCGGGACUCACACUCACUGCCGCAUCGGUGGUGGUGUUUGCGGAGCUGGACCAGACCCCCGCCCUGCUAGCCCAGGCUGAGGACCGGGCGCACCGUGUGGGGCAGGGCAGUCACGUGCACGUGUACUACCUGCUGGGGAGCGGCACGUUGGACGAGCGCAUCUGGAGGAUGUUGGAAACCAAGAAGUUUGUCAUGGGCGCCGCAUUAGACCGCGAGGAGUACGGCGAGGAGCAGGAGGAGGAGGCGCGGUAUGAGGACAACAACACAAACACGCAGCACCAACAGCAGCAGCAACAACAACAGCAACAGCAACAGCAACAACAGCAACAGCAACAACCCCAUCAACAACAACAACAGCAGUUGCACGGUCUCUCCUCACCACCCCCGGACCCCAAGUACCCUCCCGCAAUCACCCCCGCCACAGCCACAGCCGAUGCGGCCGCAGGAGGCACCUCCCAGCCAGAGUGCUGGGAUGGUAUGUACGGCAGCCUCCGCGGCGGCGGCAGUGAUCCCAGCCCUAGCGCGCCAGCACAGGCGCAGCCCACUACCGCCGCCGCCGCCGUCGCCGCCGCCGGCGACGGUGACGGCGGCUACUGGCUCCCCAUGUUCCAUCGCACUACUGCCACCACCACUACUGCCAUCACCCCUCCAGCGGGGGACGGAGGAGGACGCGGAGAAGGAUUAGGGGCCCUAGGACCCCUAGGGGAAGGGGAACGACCUCGUAGGCCGGCAGUGCUCAAGUGGCGACGGCUUAGGGUGCAAGGUGACACGGGGGAGGAGAGGGAGCCCGGUGGGGGGCAGCCCCAGAGCCCUCACAGCCCCGGGGGGAGCCCGGUGCCGACCCGGGGAGUGGGUAACCUGCUGACAGCCCUCAACGCGGUCCCGACAGCGCCUCAGGCAGCAACCACACCUGGGGCCUCCUAUGGGCGACCUGGGGCUCACCAGCAGCCGUAUUCAGGACGUGGCGGUCAGAGUGGUGGUGGUGAUGUUGGCGGAAUGGUCGAUCCAGAGGGGUUUGGCUGGUUGGGGGGCUUGUCGCCGCCGCGGGAAGAGGAUGCCCGGGCAUUCGGCGGCUUCACAUUCGGCAGCGGCGGUGGCGGCGGUGCUGCCGACGCUGGCGGUCAUGUUCUGGGUUCCGGGCCUCUCCCACCGGGCGGCCUAGUCGAAGGCGGAGCCGGGACAGGGGGUUCGCCUCUGGGGUUGGAUACAACAGCAGGCGGUGCGGUGGACCUGGGGCUGGCAGAGGCGGCACAGCCGGGCAGCCAGCACAGCGCAAGUAACCACACGGCGGCAGGGGAGUCUGCGGGGAUGGCGGCGGCGGCGGCGGCGGCGGGGGGAGCCGCUGGGGGCAGCCGGCGCCGGAGGCUGCCUCAGCCGCCGGCAGCGGCGGAGGGCGGAGGUGUGCCACUACCUGUCCAGUCGACUUCCCACGGAGGGCCGUUCGUGGUGGUUGACCUGUCUCAGUCGGAUGGGGAUUCGGAGGGUGAAGGCGCGGGAGGGGGCCACUGCGGCCCACGGAAGCGGCGGCAGGGAGGCGGCAGCAGCGGGGGCGGUGCACCGCAGGGACAUGCAUCUGGCUCAACGGCUGCGAACAAGAGCCAACCGAUAGAGAUUGACUAG